AUGAAGAAGUAUAAGAAGAAAAAAAGGAAAAGCAAGAAAAAAGAUAAAAAUAUCGAUAAAAAAAGUAUGUUAUUAACGAAUGAAGAAAAAUAUGAUAUUGCAUAAUAAGAAUAAGAUGCCUUGAAAAAAUAAAUAGAUGAAGGACGUAUAAAAUCAGAUUAAAUUUUAGAAACAUUAAGAGCUAUUUUAGAAGAAACUGAUAUGGCAAUAACAGAAAUAAGAAAAGACGCAUUUGAUUUUCAAAGAGAAAUAUUAAUAGGUGGAGAAAAUAGUAGGACAGGUAAAAUUGAAGCCGAAAAAAUAAUUAAAUAUUUUGAAGAAAAAUUGAGAUAAAAAGAUGCUUUAAUUGCAAAAUAUACAAGCAAAAGAACAAAUUUAGAAAGAUAAAUAUUAAAAACUAAUAAUUAAAUAUAAAAAAAAGAAGAAAUGGGUGAUGAUUUGAAGUUUAUUGAUUUUUAUCAACUACAGAUUGAAAACAAAAAAUAUGUGAAAGAAAUUGAUGAAAAAAAUAAAAAAUUAUUAUCAUUAAAAAUUUCAGCUAAUAGAAUUUCUUAAACUUUAAAAGAUGAAGAAUAAUCUCUAAAGAGAGAACUUGAUUAAGGUAAAUCACAUACAAGUUGA